AUGGGGGACGGCGGAAGCAUCAUAGAUGUCAUAGUCGGAAUUUACAGCUCCGAAUACCUAGGCGAUCAUCCUAAUGUCCUUAAUGACUACCAGACGUAUCUGUUAGUUACGAAAGAUGACAAUAGGAUGAUUCCGAUCCCAGUAAUGUGGACAUCUGGUGGCGGGGUCGCUAUCGAUAAAUCUUCAUUGCUCAAGGCUGGUCAGAAUCCUAAUGACCAGAGGGAUACGUUUUGGUUGUGUACGGACACACCGCCGGACUACGUUUACGUAUAUUCAUCGGUUGGUCUGGAAGCAAUUAUAGGUAAGCAAGCGGGUUCCUGUACUACCUUCUCACAAUUUCUUCCGUUCACUGCGACGACUACUACAGAAGGGGCGAGAUAUCGUGACUGGGCGAUCACUGCUACUGCUGUUGUUGAUUCCGAAUAG